AUGACGGUCAACACUCCAAAGCAGUCAGACGUAAGCAUUCCUGUCAUCGACUUUGCAAAGUUCGACUGUGGGAGUCCAGAAGAUGACCAGGCCAUUGGGAAGGCCAUGUACGAGGCGUUUCGUGAUCACGGCUUUGCCUAUAUUGCAAACCACGGUAUCCCACAGGGAGUCGUCGACGAGGCCUUUGAAUGGAAUCGAAAGUUCUUCGACCUUCCUCAGGCCAUCAAGGGAAAAGCGCCCCAUCCACCUGUCGGCUGGUGGCACCGCGGCUACUCGGGUAUUGGGCGGGAAAAGGUAGUGCAGAUGGUGUUCGAUGAGGCUAGUAUCAGCGAGCUGCGCAAGAUUCCCGACUUCAAGGAGUCAUACGAGAUUGGACGCGACGAUGACCCGCACACGAAGACGCCCAACAUCUGGAUUCCGGAGGAUGACUUGCCCGGUUUCCGCGCCUUCUUUACUUCGUUCUUCGAGGAAGGAUAUCGGCUGGAGCUGCUGCUACUGCGGGCUGUCGCCAUCGGCAUGGGCCUGCCGUCAGAUUACUUCUGGAACUUCCACCAAGCGAAGAACAACCAAAUUCGCCUGCUGCACUACCCACCUGUGCAGGAGUCGCUGCUGCGCGACGGCAAGACAGAGCGUAUCGCUAGCCACACCGAUUUUGGCACCUUGACGCUUCUCUUUCAAGAUGACGUCGGGGGGCUCGAGGUCGAGGAUAUUCAUGAAAGGGGAAAGUUUAACCCCGCCCCGUAUAUACCGGGAACUGUUGUCGUCAAUAUUGGUGACUUCCUCAUGCGCUGGAGUAACGACCACCUGAAGUCGACGCUACAUCGGGUCAGGGCGCCGCCCUUGGUUGACAACGACGAGCUCAGCAGCUCCGCCACGGAAAAGGUGACGCGAGCGAGGAGAUCUAUCCCGUAUUUUGUCACGGCGGAUCCCGAGCGCAUCAUUGAUUGCCUACCAGGUUGCUAUGGGCCGGACAACCCUAAGAAGUAUGAACCCAUCACAGCUGGAGAGUAUGUCGACAUGCGCUUAAACGCCACGUACUAG